AUGUUGGACUCAUUCUUUGGGUCGUUCUCAGCGGCAGUCUCCUUCCCCGAGGAUCAGCUCCGGUGUCUUUCGGCCCUCUUCCUCGGCUACCCUCUUGCCUUUGCAUUCCGGUUGUUGCCAGCCAACAACCCCAACCUCAAGCACAUCGCCUCCGUCGUGACCUCAUUCUUCCUCAUCGUCGUCGUCGUCAACGACCUCGUGGGACUGAUGCAUCUCCUUGGAUCUUCCAUCGCCGUCUGGAGAAUUAUGGGUGUUGUCGAGGGCAAGUGGGGUCCUAGAUUGGUUUUCAUUGGUGUCAUGCUUCACAUGAGCGUCAGCCACUUGAUCCGCCAGUUCAAUGACUACAGAGGAUACAAACUGGAUCACACUGGACCUCAGAUGAUCCUCACCAUGAAGUUGACCUCCUGGGCGUUCAACGUUUACGAUGGUCGUCGUAACCCCAAGGAGUUGAGCAGGUACCAGCAGGAACAUGCUAUCACCACCUUCCCCUCCCUCCUCCAUUACCUCAGCUACGUCUUCUUCUUCCCCGCCGUCCUUGUCGGCCCAUCGUUCGAAUACAUGGACUACAUCCGCUUCAUCGAGCUCUCGCAGUUCCGUGACCCCAAGACUGGAAAGAUCCACUGGCCCGCUGGUCGAGUCAUGGCCUCAAUGAAGUCCUUCUUCUUCUCCCUCAUUGCCCUUGCCUCCCUCGCUACCAUCGGGCCCAAGCUGGACGUUCUCUGGACCCUUAGCCCUGCCUGGAGGGCCCUCCCCUGGGUCUUGCGCUUUGGAUAUGUCCAGUUGGCUGCCUUUGCUGCUCGCUUCAAGUACUAUGCUGUCUGGAAGAUGGCUGAAGGUGCUUGUAUCAUGGCAGGAUUCGGUUACAACGGACAGGAUCCCAAGACGGGCGAGUCUCGCUGGGACGCCACCUCCAACAUCAACGUUUGGGCCUAUGAGACCGGCGAGAGUAUCAAGGCUCUGGCGGAUAGCUGGAACAUGGGCACUAACAAGUGGUUGAAGCACUCUGUCUACUUCAGAGUCGUCUCUCCCGGAUCCAAGCCAGGACCACUGGAGACCUUUGCUACCUUUGGAGUUAGUGCCUUCUGGCAUGGAUUCUACCCCGGAUACUACCUCAUGUUUGCUUCGUCUGCUGCCGCACUGACCGCCGGAAAGAUGUUGAGAUCGCAUCUUCGCCCCCGGUUUGUCUCACCUACCUCGGGCAAGACCCCUGCCUGGUACAACAUUGUGGGCAUGUUGUUGACCCAGUCGACCAUCAACUGCCUCUCAGUCUCGUUCUUGCUCCUCACCUUUACCGACAGUAUUGAGGUGUGGAAGAACCUUUACUUUGUUGUGCACAUUGGCAUUGCUGCCGUCAUUGUCUUGGUUCCUGUUGUUUUCCCUGUCAAGAGAAAGUCCAAGAAGCUGCAGCAGGAGACAGAGAAGGUCAAGGAGUUGGCUCAUAAUGUUGCUGAGGAGGUUGCCACUGUUGCUGUCGGUGCUGCCAAGGAGGUCCUCGAGAGUACCCCAGCCAGUGACAAAUUCAAGACUCUUUAG